AUGGGAAUCAGACCGAAUUUCGCAGAAGACGUGUACGGCGAUAAAGACAGAAAAACUGCCGACGAUGAUCACGUAGAGUACUCGGAAUCUUCACUUGCAGCAAGAAGAUCGGCAAAUGUAUUGAAACUGAAACAGUUGAAAGAGGCCCAACCAAUGAUCACACCUGCAUACGGAGGAUUCGUUCAUCAUGAAAGCUCUGAUAAUGUCGCUGCUAUCGAUAAAGAUCUUGAUUUCGAAUAUGGCGAUAGUGAUACCGGAAUCCGUGAAAUGGCUGAACUGUAUAGUUACUCAGAAAUAGACGAGUUUGGAAUCAAUAUUAACAACUGGAAAGAAUAUAUUGAAGAGUCAUAUGACAAGAAACAUGAACAGUUUCCACCGGCAUUCGAGGAGUUCAGCAACGUUCAGAAAAACUACGUUAUCCAAGAUCUAUGUUCACGUAUGGAGAGUGCUGACUUGGAAGUUCGUAUCAAGUCGGCCCGAAUCAUUCUGUUCCUCCUUCAGGGUUCUGCCACUGACUUUGCGUGUCUCGAAAACGAGGAAAUAGAAUAUCAGUAUGAUCAAAAAUUGUUAAUGAAUGUUCCAGUCCGGAAAACGAAAGAAAUGGAUCCAGAAGGUCCCACUAUGGUUUAUCAUCGGGCUAUUGAAAACUCUUUCAUAUGCUAUAAGAAUGGAGUUUUCCAGGCCCUCUGCACUCUUCUCAUGACUGAAAUUAAAGAGCCUUUUGAAAAUCCGCCUAUUGAUGGAAGAAUGUCCAAAGCCAGUUCCAGAAGUAGCAGAAAUGCUAGCUUGGCCGAUCUCUCCGAUUCAGAGAAGUAUAGAGCUCGUCAGUUGCCCACAAUGGUUGACAAUGAAAUGCUCCGUGUUAUUCUCGCAGGAAUAUAUCAUAUGAUUGUUCAAAUACUCGAUGAACGUUCUGGAAGAGAGGAUGAGACGGAUGAUGAUAUCGAAAUGCGUAAAGCUUUCCGGGAAGAAGUUCAAGAGCCAAUAGAAAAUGGAAAUGAGCCCUUACUAAUUGUAUUAUUCGAUAUGCUCCAGCCAUUCUACAUUGGAACCGCUCCUCAUUUCCCAAUCAAAAAAAUCGUGCUUCUAAUAUGGAAAAUUCUUCUACUUUCUCUGGGAGGAUGGGAGGAAUUAGCAGCUAAGAAAAGAGAGAAACGACUAAAAGCUGGCCUCGAUAUAAUGGAGGAUACCAUCACUGUGGCAGCUUCACAAGCAGCGUUCAUCGCAAAGGAUCAAGAACAUGUUCGAAAUAUGGCUCAUAGAGCAGGAAGCCUUGCGAGAGCUGGAAUGAUGGCCCGACAAAUGGCGUACAAUGACGAUUCGAAAGAUGAAGAUGCGUAUUCGGAUACAAGCUCCGAAGCUCCUACGUUAACCUCAAAGAAGGAAGACUCUCCAAGUGCUACAUCGUCUGCUCCACAGUCGAUUCCAGAAAGUUCACAAAAUUUCCGACAAGGAAGUGGUGAACAAACUCCAAGAGUCGGUUCACCUGCAUUUCCAGUUGUACAAAAGAAAAAUCUUCCGUGGAAAUGUAAAACGAAUGCCCAGGACAUUGAGGAUUUCAUACAAAAAGGACGUCUCAAGUAUUUCAAUUAUGAUUUCGAACCAGGAGACGACUCCUCUCUUUUCGGAUUGCCACCUGCUUUCAAUGGAGCAGUAAAUAUUCUUCGGAAAAAUAAGUACACAUCGCUCACAGAAAUUCAAGUGAAAGAAGAUGAAAAACUGAAUAGAUACUUGUUCUCAAUAAAAGAAGAAAUUCCUGAAACAAAAACGGAAGCCUUGUACAGAAAGAUUCUUCCGAAUUUGAGUCAGUAUAUCUGCGCCCUUGUGAAAGUCAUGGUGUCAUCAGUCCCAUCCACAAAAGCAAGACAUGAAGGAUUGAAUGUUUUGAUUGACUGCUUGACUCCUGAAAUGGAAGCUUCUGAUAUUCUCUCUAACUCAAUAUCCCUCGACCAUUCAUCAGCAUCACCACUCGAGGAUGGCUUCCGAUUAGCUAUCGAUAUUAACCGACACAAGGAAAUCAUAGUGAAAUCGCUAUCUGCAAUCCUUCUUCUGCUUGUCAAACAUUUCAAACUCAAUCACGUCUAUCAGUUCGAAUUCAUUUGUCAACAGAUUGUCUAUGUCAAUGGAAUUCCAUUGAUUCUGAAGUUCCUCGACCAGGCAAGUCACUUUCUGCUCUGUUACAAUAGUUCCAAAAGCGAUCUUUUCUCACCAAAGUUCAAUUGUCGCUCGUCUUUCUUCUCUGCGUAUCUUAUUUUUCAUAGAUUGACAUUUGAAAGAUACGUGCAGACUUCAAAACUCAACACAAACAAGCUCAUUCAAUCGCGUCAUGAAAUCUACGCUUACAAUUACCCACAGUGUCUCUAUUAUUAUGUUCGCAAUAAUGAAGAGUUUCCCCAAUUAUGCCAGGAAAACAUUGAGGAACCAAGACCUCCAGGUGCUGGUCCUUAUUUCAUGUGGCGUAAUGUCUUCUUUGCUAUUAACUUGAUCCGCCUUCUUAAUAAGCUGGUCAAAGCAAAAAAUGACCGGGUCAAAAUGUUGAUGGUAUUCAAAUCUGCACCAGUGCUAAAAAGACUUUUCAAAGUACGUGUGUCGAUUCUGCAACUCUACGUCUUGAAAGCUAUCAAAAUGCAGUCACGUUACUUGGGCCGUCAAUGGCGUAAAAGUAAUAUGGAUAUAAUAUCAGCAAUAUACUCCCGAGUUCGUCAUCGAAUGACUGAUGAUUGGGCAUUCGCAUCGGAUAUCAAACGUAAAUGUGAUUAUCAGAAAGAGGACAGCCUCAUCAAAGCUAGCAUCGAACGUUUCCACAGUAGGCGUUAUUCAAAACUUUAUCCACAAUUCGCGAUUGAAGUCAAUGAUGCACCAAUGCCAGGCGAUGAUUACCUGAACAGAGUUGAUAUGCGGGACUUCGAGCCUGUUGAUACUUGUGCACACUCGGUUCUAGGAGCAAAUAUUAACCUUGGGCGCCAAUUCAAGAAAGGUUACGAGAAGUGGCUCGAACAGGAAGUGUUUCAAGCAAGCAUCGACUGGGAUAAAUUGUUGAUUGAAACCCGCGGAGUCGACGACCUGAACUGA